AUGGUUCGAGAGUGGUGUCUGAAGAAAGUCUUUGGAGAGAAGUCUGAUGCUCUUCAUAUAUUCAUAACAGGUGGAGCAGGAACAGGCAAGAGCCAUCUUAUCAAAGCCAUAAAUUGUGAAGCAUCACGAAUACUAGGGAAAAACGUGACUUCUCCCAACAGUAUAUCAGUGGCACUUGCUGCGUUUACUGGAACAGCUGCAUUUAACAUUGGAGGGAAUACUAUCCACCAUUUAUUUUCACUGCCAAAAUAUAUGCCUUUGCCAUACGAACCAUUAAAAGAACAGAGUCUAAGUGAAAUGAGAGUUCAACUUUGUGAUCUGCAAAUUUUGGUUAUUGAUGAAAUUUCAAUGGUGUAUAAAAGAUUAUUGUACUAUGUUCACGAAAGACUUGUACAGAUUAAAAAAUGCAAAGAACCAUUUGGAGGAAUAUCAGUGAUUGCUGUGGGAGAUUUCUACCAGCUACCUCCUGUGAAACAAAGAAAAGAGGAAAGACUGUAUAAGGAUAAUGCUCUCUAUCCCGUUGACUAUUGGUUAGACUUUUUCAAAGUAGUGGAAUUAUCUGAAAUUAUGAGACAACGUGAAGACAUUCCAUUUGCAACAGCACUGAAUUCACUCCGGAGUAGAGUAGCAAACGAUCCACUUGAAGAAGAAACACGUACUAUCCUAAACGACUGUGUAAAAGAAGGACCAGAGGAUGUUCUGCACGUCUAUGCAACAAAUGACGAAGUUAAUGCAUAUAACUUGACAAUGCUAAGAAGAUCUUGUAAAGAUCUUGUUGAGAUUGAUGCGAAAGAUUUUCUGAAAGAUAGAACAUCAGGCAAGCUUAUAUUAAGAGGAAAAGCAUUAACAAGGUCGAAAACAGACAAUCUCUCUAGCAGUUUAUUAUUGGGAGUUGGUGCAAGAGUUAUGCUCACAACGAACUGCAAUGUAGAGGAUGGUCUUGUGAAUGGAGUUAUGGGGCAUAUAUCUCAUUUUGUAUAUGGUCAAAUGGAUGUGGCAAAAUCUGUUAUUGCUAUUGGAGUUAUAUUUGACAAUACAAAUGUUGGAAAGAAGUCUGCAACUAAAACGAAAAAUGGAAAUAUUGUUCUAAUUGAAAGAGUUCAAGAGGAGAUCUUAGAACAGAAAACAAAGAAUGUAGUGCGGCAUCACUGA